UUUCCCUGCGUCGACGAUGGCUGGCCAGGUGUUGAACGGCUCUAAGGGGGGCAAGAUUGCUGCGAUAUUUGACUCCAUGGAGUAUGGUCCUGCCCCUGAAUCGGAUAAAACCGCCAAGCUGUGGCUGGACGAGCACAAAGGGGACCUAGGCCACUUCAUCAACAAUGAGUGGGUGCGGCCUGCGGAGCGCAAGACGUACGAAACACGGAACCCCUGCACGGGCGAGGUGCUGGCCUCGACGGUGCAGGGCACGCAGGAGGACGUGAAUCUGGCCGUCGGCGCCGCCAGAAAGGCAUUCCUGCCCUGGAGUCAGCUGAGCGGGCACGCCCGAGCCCGCCACCUGUACAGCGUCGCGCGCCACCUGCAGAAGCACGCGCGCCUCAUGGCCGUGCUGGCCUCCAUGGACAACGGCAAGACGAUCCGCGAGACGCGCGACUGCGACGUGCCGAUCGUGAUCCGCCACCUGUACCACCACGCCGGCUGGGCGCAGCUGGCCGACACGGAGAUGGCCCACUGGAAACCGCUCGGCGUCGUGGGAGCGAUCGUGCCAUGGAACUUCCCCCUGAUGCUGCUGGCCUGGAAGGUGUGCCCGGCCCUGGCUAUGGGCAACACGGUGGUGCUGAAGCCGGCCACCUACACCCGCCUGUCGGCGCUGCUGUUCGCCGAGAUCUGCGCCGAGGCCGGCCUGCCGCCAGGCGUCUUCAACGUGGUGACGGGGCCCGGCUCAAUGGGUGAGAAGCUGGCCACGCACCCGGACGUGGACAAGGUGGGCUUCACGGGCUCCACCGAGAUCGGGCAGAGACUGCGCCGCGCCACCGCCGGCAUGGGCAAGAAGCUGUCGCUCGAGCUGGGCGGCAAGAGUCCGGUGGUGGUCUACGACUCGGCUGACCUCGACUCGGCUGUGGAGGGCGUGGUCGACGCCAUCUGGUUCAACCAGGGCCAGGUGUGCUCGGCGGGCUCCAAGCUGCUUGUCCAGGAGACCGUGUACGACAAGAUGCUCUCCAAGGUGAAGGCGCGCAUGCAGAAGCUGCGACUGGGUGACUCGCUGGACAAGGCGCUGGACAUGGGCGCCAUCGUCGACGAGGGUCAGCGGCGCAGUGUGGCCGCGUACGUGGACGGAGCUAAGGAGGAGGGCGCCGAGGUGUUCCAGGUGGAGGCGCCGGCCGGCUGCUACUACCCGCCGACUCUGAUCAGCGGCGUGCAGACCACGUCGCGCGUGGUCGUGGACGAGAUCUUCGGCCCGGUGCUCGUGGCGCUGCCGUUCCGCACGGCCAAGGAGGCGCUGGCGCUCGCCAACAACACCAUCUACGGCCUGGGCGGCAGCGUGUGGAGCGAACAGCUGCCGCUGGCGCUGGAGACGGCCAAGCAUAUCAACGCGGGCUCCGUCUGGAUCAACUGCCACAACUUGUUCGACGCGGCGACCGGUUUCGGCGGGUACCGCCAGUCGGGCUACGGCCGUGACGGUGGCAAGGAGGGCCUGUUCGAAUACGUCAAGCCGCGCUGGAUGGGCGACACCAAGCAGGCGGCGCCGGAGCUGGACCUGGCCGCGUUUGGUGUCCGCGACGAGCCGAGCGUGCCCGACAUAGAGAGUGGACAGCACGUGGCGGCGAUGUCGAACGGCAUGCCGCGGGUAGACCGCACCUACAAGCUGUACUACGGCGGGGCGCAGAAGCGGCCCGACGGCAACUACAGCCGGAUCGUGCACUCGGCCGCCGGCCAGCCGCUCGCCCAGGUGGCCGAGGCCAACCGCAAGGACGUGCGCAACGCUGUGGAGGCGGCGCACAAGGGCCAGCCCGGCUGGGCCAAACGCUCGGGCCACCAGCGCGCGCAGAUCCUGUACUACGUGGCCGAGAACCUGGAGCUGCGGCGCGCCGAGUUUGCCGACACGCUGGUGGCCUCCACCGGAGCCAGCCGCGAGGAGGCCGAACGCGAGGUGGAUGCGUCCGUGGCGCGUCUGUUCCACUGGGCGGCGCUGGCCGACAAGUACGGCGGCGCCGUGCAGGAGACCCAGCUGUACGGCACGGUGCUGCGCCUGCACGAGCCCGUGGGCGUGGUAGCCGUGCUGGCGCCGCGCGCCGCGCCCCUGCUGUCGGCCGUCUCGCUGGUCGCCCCUUUGGUGGCGCGCGGCAACGCCGUGCUGCUCGUGCCGAGCCGCGACUACCCGCUGCCGGCGCUCGACCUGUACCAGAUCCUGGAGACGUCGGACGUGCCGGCCGGCGUGGUGAGCCUGCUCACCGGCAGCCGGCAGCACAUGGCGCGCCACCUGACCGAGCACCAGGACGUGCAGGCCGUCUGGUGCCUGGCCGAGUGCGACCAGACGAGCCGCUUCGUCGAGCACACGUCGGCCGUCAACGUGAAGCGCACCUGGGUCAGCUGGGGACGCGCGCGCGACUGGUUCGACGCCGAGCAGGGCCAGGGCGAAGAGUUCCUCUACCACGCCACCCAGUGCAAGAGCGUGUGGCUCACCAUGGGAGACAUCUUCGCCAACUGAGCGCCGGACAGCGGACACCGUCGCCCGGCAGGGACGGAGGCGCCCGCCUCCCAGCAGGAGCGCGCGGAGAACGGACAUUCAACUGGACAGGGCUGCGCACGCGCAUCAGAAGACACGUUGCGGGCUGUUCAACGUUACAGGGAUGCAAAGGGCGACUGCGUGUCCCAGUUUGCGUUGUGCCGGCAACAGCAGGGUUUACGGGACGGGUACACACGGAAGGUUUGCUGGCGGUGCCCUCUAAUGAUCAUUAACCAGCUGGCGGUAAAUACAUAUGGGCUGUUGUUUCAAACUAAUUCGGGUGAGCUUAGAGCUGCUUACAAUGGUGGCGGCUAGAGUGCUUUCAUCGUGCAAGCUCUGUUAGCGCUUGUUGCAUGUUACGGGCCCCGGUUGUGGGCGGGAUAUAGCCAACGGAUUCUGACCUAAUGCUGCUAUUGUGGGGAGCUUGGGAUGUAAGUUUUGUGCGGCGCUAUACACAUGCAGCAGGCAUGUACUUCGUAACAUUUAUGAUUUAUGUACAGCAGACUUAAUGACAACUGAUCAUUAGCGUCAGGCAAGUAAGUGCUGGGACCUUGCACAUUCCGAAGAAGUGCCAUAUUCGUCGUUCGUCGCCACUAGAUCUGUGCAAUAGGUGUUCAGGUAUUUUUCGCAGGAUCAGCUGUUUUGCCGCUUUGUUCAAUGGAAAUGGAGCUGUUGAUUUCAGGGUGUUGUACCGCAUUUUUGCGUUUUUGUGCCAUGUUUUGAGAGGGCGCAAUUUUGUUUCUGGUAUUUUCACAAAGUCCACAUAACCGUGCCGUAUCCAGGAGUGAUGCCGCCGGGUUUGGGCAAGUUGAUGGCUGUUUUGCUUUAUAGCAAGCUGGGGUUUGUAUACCAAGCGUAACGGGGUGAUUAAAAUAAAUAUGUUAUCACCA